AUGCCAGCCUUACAUUCAACAUUUCUCUCUGAGCAAGGUGCAGAUACAAGAGUCAUUGGAAAUCUUGCCGUGUUACCGAUCCACUCAAAGUAUAGGGGACCUUCCUAUCCGCCACAACAGGACUAUGAUAUUAUAGAAGAAACGUUGGAUUUAUUCAGAGCCAAUUCAUUCUUCAAGAAUUUCGAAAUUAAGGGCGCUGCUGAUAGAUUGUUGAUCUAUGGCAUCUUGUUUACUAGUGACUGCUUAUCCAAAUUGAACAAAUCUAUAACAUACAAGGAGGCGGUUAGAACAUUAAAUAACUUGGCUCUCGAUAGCUUUGCCUUACCGGGAGACAUCGGAUUCCCAUUGAACAGCUUGUAUCAACUGCCUGCAAACAAGAAUGAAGCAGAAUUGUUGAGAUCGUACUUACAGCAAUUCAGACAGGAAUUGGCAGAUAGAUUAUUGAAGAGAGUCUACAGUGAUAGUGAAGUAGUUCCCAGUAAGCACUGGUUGGCAUUUACUAGAAGAAGGUUCAUGAAUAAGAGUCUUUAA